CAUCAACCUCGACGCCACCACCAACACCCAUGGAUGUUGAUGUCCUGGCCGAAGACGAUGAACCCCAAGUGGAUGCUGUCAUACCCGAAGAUGGUCCACGUACCUAUAGUAAUAACGAUGUGAUCGGCGACAAAUUGAAGCCGGAUCCCUCAACUCUAGUCGAAAUUGAAAAUAGUUUAUUAUCACUGUUCAAUAUGAAACGGCCGCCAAAAAUCGAUCGUUCCAAAAUUGUCAUACCGGAGGCCAUGAAACAAUUGUAUGCCCAAAUAAUGGGUCAUGAAUUGAAUUCUGUAAAUAUACCAAAACCUGGUUUGCUGACCAAGUCGGCAAAUACUGUACGAAGUUUUACGCAUCAAGAUAGUAAAAUCGACGAUCGGUUUCCUCACCAUCAUCGGUUUCGUUUACAUUUCGACGUACGCAGCAUACCCUCGGAGGAGAAGCUGAAGGCGGCCGAAUUGCAGCUGACACGUGACGCCAUCAGCCAUGCCACACUAAAUCCCCGCCUGGCCAAUCGCACCCGCUAUCAAGUGUUGGUCUAUGACAUAACACGGGUGGGUGUACGCGGCAAGCGGGAACCCAGCUAUUUGCUGUUGGACAACAAGACAAUACGUCUGAAUAGCACCGAUACCGUGAGUCUGGAUGUGCAACCUGCUGUUGAUCGGUGGCUGGCUUCACCGAAAAAGAAUUUCGGUCUACUGGUGGAGGUGCGAACAUCACGCUCUCUGAAACCGGCACCGCAUCAUCAUGUACGAUUGCGCCGCAGUGCGGACGAGGAACAUGAUGCGUGGCAGCGCAAACAACCCCUGCUCUUUACGUACACGGACGAUGGACGGCAUAAAUCGCGUUCCAUACGCGAUGUUAGCAAUCGGUCGAAACGGGCCGGUCACAGUCGUCGGCCGCAUCGCCGAAAGAACAACGAGGAAAUAUGUCGGCGUCACUCUCUCUAUGUGGAUUUCACCGAUGUGGGUUGGAGCGAUUGGAUUGUGGCCCCGCCCGGCUAUGAUGCCUUCUACUGCCAUGGCAAGUGUCCAUUUCCGCUAGCGGAUCAUUUGAAUUCAACGAAUCAUGCAGUGGUCCAGAGUAUGGUGAACAGCAUCAAUCCAGGCAAAGUACCAAAGGCUUGCUGUGUCCCAACACAGUUGGAGGGCAUAUCGAUGCUCUAUCUAAAUGACCAAAGUACAGUUGUGCUCAAGAACUAUCAGGAUAUGACAGUGGUGGGUUGUGGGUGUCGGUAA